CCCGAUAGGGCAACACCGGUGGUAAGAGGGCGCGCUCUGUCGCGCGGUGCUCGAUAUAAACGGCGCGCUUGUGUUAAACUUUUAGAACUUAAUCAAAUAAAUAGCGAAAAUUAUACUAGUGUAUUAAAUUGUGCCUUUUAAAAAGCAUAGAGUAUAAAUCAGCUGAAUCCGGCCGUUUUUGAACUGGCAAACGUAGCGGUGUGUGCGUCAGUGGCGCGUCGGAGCGCGCACGUGCGCAGUCCCGCGGCGGCCGGCGAACAGCGCAGAGCGCCGCACGCGCCGGCAUGUGACGCGACCGGGAGCAUGCGGCUGCCGCUGCUGCCGCUGCUCGUGCUGCCGCUCGUGCUUGCGCGCCCGGCAGCAGCCGGGAUUUGUUGGACCGGAAUGGAGCGUGGCGGUAGGUGUACUUCUGUGGCGGCGCUCCGCGUGGGUAGGGCGGAAUGCUGCGCGGGCGGGGCUAGAGCGCCGGCCGCGUGGAGUCCACGAGACCUAGACAGCGGCGAGAUAUUCUUCUACAAGGCGCUGUCUGGUGGCGUGCCCUGUACUGCUUGUGCUGAAUCCUGCGCCGGUGUGGCAUGUGGUGCGGGGAGACGGUGCGUGGUAAGAGGUGGCAGAGCUAGAUGCGUGUGCGCAGCGACGUGCCGCCGUGCAGGUCCCGUUUGUGGAAGCGAUGGAAAGACUUAUCGAUCUCUUUGCCGGCUCAGACGAAGAGCCUGUAGACGUCCAGCCAAGCAUUUGACGUUGGAUUACCCUGGACCCUGUCGAGUGGGAAGCUGUGAAGGAGUACGCUGUGGCGGCGACAAACGUUGCGUGCUGGACGCCGAGUUGGGUCCUCAUUGCGUGCGAUGCGGCGCGUGCAGUGUCGCUGGCACGCCAGUUUGUGCCGUCGAUGGCCGUACAUAUGCUGGAGCCUGCGCUUUGAGAAAGGCUGCCUGCGAGCGUGGAAAGGCACUACCUCUUGCUUAUAAAGGCGCUUGUAUAGCAAACGCUACAUGUGCGUCCAUAUAUUGUGGUGCGGGACAAAGAUGCGUACGUGGAGGUGCGAGUGAAGCUCGUUGUGUCUCUUGCGGCGCGUGCGGCGGCGGCGCGAGACGAACACUCUGCGGUACUGACGCUAGGACUUAUGGUUCGUGGUGUCGUUUACAACGUGCCGCCUGUCAUGCUGGGACCGUUGUUGAUCCCCUGCAUCCUGGGCCUUGUAAAGGUAGCAAAAAUAUCACGGACAAUGUUGUGACUCAUGGGAAACGCAAAAAAGAUGAUACAAGAGUUCUAUAAGUGCUCGUGUUGUUGUCCGGUUGAAAUCUACAGCAUUCAAGGCUUCGAAUGUUCUUCAAGUUCAACACAACAUAUUUGGUCAGUUCUUUAGUUUUAAUUUGAAACUUUAUUGGUACUUAUGUCGUCUCUCUAAACGAAUUUUUAAAAAUCUAGCCAUAAACAAUCGUCUUGAUAUUCUGUAGUCGUUGCAAUUGAAUUGUAUCUGUUUAGGAAGUUUUAGGGCACCGGCGACGCACUGACAACUGACUUUGACAAUUGUCGACUCACAUAACUUUUUAUUCCUAUUUUUAAUCUUCCGUAAAUAUCGGCCAGGUACAGCGUUGUAAAGCGUAAUUUAGACUUAGUAAAAAUUUAAAACACUGUAGAUAACUUAACAUUUUAAAAUUUUGAGCACCAAAUCGUACUUAAUAUUUAGUCAAAAUAUUACUUUAGGCGUGUAGUUAGCACAAUAUGGUACUUCUAUGAUAGGUAUUUCGUAUUCUAGAAAAUUAUAUUUCUGUCCUGGUGACGUCACGGGAACCAACCUUAAAGGAUGAUCUUCAUCGAACUGACAUUUUAAUAUACCUAACAUUUAGUUAGAGUUAACUUUACUUAACGCUUAUGCAAUAUUUAUUAUUAAGUUAUGAAUUAUAAUGAUCUAGUGCAAUAAUGUUAUUGAAAUUUGUGUGAAAUUUACGUUGUGUUUUGUAUUAUAAAAUUGUAACGCGAUCAUUGGAAAUUCUAAAAUAUUAUUAUAGAAUACUUUCAGUAUUAUGUGUACGUAAGAUUUAGAACGAUAAUUUCGAAAAUGUUAAUUUUAGUAUAGCGUUACGUUUAUUUAUUUCCAAAUGUUUCAGGGAUAAUGUAUGAAUGUUUUGCGAAUUAAUUUUAUUAAGACUCUGAUGUCCCGCUUAGCUGUAAGUGGUGGAGUUAUAUUUAAGUAAUUUACUCCCCAAUACUCUAUUUUGAAUCUACUUGAAACGUUUCUUCUAAAUGUAAUGUAUCCAAAGAUGUUAUAAAUUCAUUCAAAAGUAUUUGGUCUCAUAAUAGUUGCAUUGUAUGAAUUCAUAUAUAUUUUCAUAAUAGUCUUUACGCAAGUAUUUUUUAUAAAUUUACCGGAUUGAAAUGCGUCUAUUCAUCAGAAAUUCAAGGUCGAUUUUAAAUGUGAACCUGUCAUGUAUCUUGCGUAAUGAUUAACCUAUUUUAAUCCGGUAGAAGUGUGUUUUUAACUGUCUUUUUAAUAUAUAAACUUAUAAUUUACUUUCCUAGUAGGCGUUAAUGUUAUAUAUUGUAAAUUAUUUAUCAAAAUUUACGUAGUUUAGCUGUCCACUUUAGUCUAACUAAAUCAAAACACAGUAGAAACCGGAUAGUACUGGCGUAUCUUGUCUUCUCAUUUGUCCAACCUUAUAUACCGAAUCGAUAUCUUGUCGGAUCUUUACGAUGUUUUCAUGAAAUGAUAAUGUGCCUACGUCAAGAACUGUGCUCUAGCUUCUAACGGUCAAUAAUGUAACUUUGCCACGCGUUUAGCUAUUUAUAUAGUUAAAUGUUGAUUAUGGCUUCACCUCCAACGGCAAACCAAUUUAUUAAAUUUUUAAUUUUGUGAUCCAGAAGUUACUUUCUAUAGUUCAACAAUAUAGCGGCAUUACCAUCCGUUUUCAACUGACUCUUCUAAUUGUUUAUAGUGCGACAUAUUGUGUAAAAGUGCGUGUUAGGUCUUUAUCUUAAAUUGGAUCUCCAGCAGGUCCUCUAUCGUUUUGAAUAGUUAUAAUGCUCACUUGGUGUUAAUUCUAUGCGGUCAAACGAUAUCUUAAAAAAAAAUUCUCAAUUAUUAUACAGCUACAAAGCAGCAUUACAAAUGUUAUAAUUCGUUCACAAUGAAUUUCAUUCUAUUAAGAGUUCAAAGUAGAGCCUAGUAAAACCGUAUGUCAAAUCAAAGUGUCAAGUGUCAACCUUCAAAUGACAAAAUCGAAAUCUUUACACGUGCCUUCAGAAUUAGCACCAUUUGCGCAUAUGAAAAUGCAAGUUUAUACACAUUUGGAUGUAAGCGUACUCAAAUUGUUAUAUUGUUUCAGUUAAGUUGACAUCUAAAAUUGUUAACGCACUAAAAUGAUAAUAUAUUUUCCUUGUUUCUUUAUAAAUAUUUUACACGGA